AUGUCGGGCCCCGGACAGCCGGAGCCGCCGCAGGCGGGCGGGCCGGCGGGCCCCGAGAGCGCGGACGCGGCGCUGGGCGAGGCGGGGCUGAGUUUCACGACCACCGACCUGAGCCUUGUGGAGAUGACCGAGAUCGAGUACACGCAGCUGCAGCACAUCCUCUACUCGCACAUGGAGGCGGCGGCGGCCGACGGCGAGCUCGAGACGCGCCUCAACUCGGCCCUCUUGGCGCGGAAGGCGGGGGUCUUCGCGGCGGCUGGGGGCGCGGCGGCGGGGGGCGCGCCGCCCGUGUACCCGGUGCUGUGCCCGCCUGCGCUGGCCGAUGGCGGCUUCGCGGGCGCCAACCAGUGCCUGGGCCACAUCGACUUCCAGGAGCUGCGCAUGAUGCUGCUGAGCGAGGCGGGCGCGCCCCCCGCCGACGAGAAGACGCCGGGCGCCAACGGCCCGGGCGCCGGCGCACGCCGGCCCAAGGCGCCCGACGGCGCCGGCAAGGAGAACGUGGAGGGCGCGCCCGAGGCGCGGGCCAACUCGGCCGUGCGCGUCCGCCUGGAGGACCGCUUCAACAGCAUCCCAGCCGAGCCCCCGCCAGCCCCGCGCGGCGCGGAUGCCCCCGAGCCCGGCAUGGCGCUCAACAAUUUGGUAACUCUUAUUCGCCAUCCAUCCGAAUUAAUGAAUGUUCCUCUUCAUCAGCAACAAAACAAAUGUACAACAUUAGUGAAAAAUAAAACUGCUGCUGCAACUACUGCUCUGCAAUUUACAUACCCUCUGUUUACUGCAAAUAGUUGCUCUACUAGUGGAAAUUCUAAUCUUUCACAAACACAGAGUUCUAGUAACUUAUGUUCUGUACUUGAAGCUACCAAGCACCAAGCUUUGCCUGAGCAGGUUUGGAUUAAAGUAGGAGAAGCGCUAUGUAAACAAGCAAUAAAUAAGAGGAGUCGGAGUAGGGUACGUCAGUUGGACACAAACAUAGAACGAAGAGCCCUUGGAGAGCUCCAGAAUGUGAGUGAAGGCUCCACAGCAGCGCAGGGUGCUUGGCAAUCGGUGGAGUCGUCCCAGGCCACCCUCGGGGAGCAGACCCAGAGCGGGCCCCAGCGGGGCAGGUCCCAGCGCAGGGAGAGGCACAACCGCAUGGAAAGAGAUAGAAGGCGCAGAAUCCGCAUUUGUUGUGAUGAGUUGAAUCUUUUAGUCCCGUUCUGCAACGCCGAGACCGAUAAGGCAACGACUCUGCAGUGGACCACAGCGUUCCUGAAAUAUAUUCAGGAAAGACAUGGAGAUUCUCUUAAAAAGGAAUUUGAGAGUGUAUUUUGCGGUAAAACUGGCUGAAGGCUAAAGUUGACCAGACCAGACUCCUUGGUGACGUGUCCCACACAGGAGAGACAGAGUAGCCCAGCUAUGGAGAUCAAGUGA